AUGGAAGUUUCUUUUGUAACUGUAUUUUUCGAAGUACACGUGAGCAGAAAAAUGACACCCUCCUUCUUCACUAUUUUGACGUCACACGCGACGUAUAAAAUGGGGAUUUCGAACAUGGACGACAUCAUGAAGACUCCAGAGCGUCCGAAAAAGAACGGAAACGGCGACAUCGACCCGAGCAUCAUAAACUCUCCGUUUAUGAAUUUCGUUUCCAACUUAUCGCCCAUACGAUUUGGCGCUUCGAGUUUGGGAGGAAACAACACCGUCGUGCCCAUCUGUUUUUCCUCGCCUUCGGCGUUUAAAAGUCCGCCGAGAAAACGAUCCGAGGAUAACGGCAACCACAAUCACAACAACACGGUUUCCUCCUUGGCGAACGAUAUGGGUCCCAUCCCGGACAGUUUGAUGGUUCCGUUUGCCCACGAAAAGCACCAACACGAAGACGCGGACGACCAGGACGACUUUGUUGGUGGUAUUGGAGGAACCAUGGGCGCGAUUACGCUCGAGGAUGAGCUCUUGCAGUUAGAUAAUAAGUUCAAUAAUAAGGUCAAUAAUAAUAAGCAUAAUAAUAGCGGAGGUAAGGGUGAUAAAACAACCGCCAAGAAGAGCGGAGGGGACCAAAAGAAGAGUGCCAAGAAGAAUGGAGGCAAAAACAACAACGCGUCUGUUUCGCCGCCAACUGGAUCCUCAAAACGUCAGUCGACGACGGGUGCCUCACUCGAAUGGAACAGUGGGUUCUCGAAAACGAUUCGAGGCAAAGCGGCGGAUUCACCGAGAGACCACCCGGUCGGGACGGAAAAUAGAAAAGCAGGGGCCACGCCUAUGGCUUCGACAAAGAAGUCCAGUAGACGCGAUAGCCUCACCAGUAGCAACGAUGAGCACAUUACUCCACCAGUCGGAAAAUCAAAAAGCGAUGGUGGUAGUAAAGUGAAGAAUACCCGCGAUUUACAAACUCCUGGGUCGAACACAAAAUUGACCUUUGCGGACAAAUUGGACCAGAGUAAACUCGACGAAGGCAUCGACUUCGACGGCGCGUCCAAGAAGUGCAACUGUAAAAAGUCGAAGUGCUUGAAGUUGUACUGCGAUUGCUUUGCGGCCGGGGUGUUUUGCCGCGAUUGCUCUUGCCAAAGCUGCAGUAACACGGAGGGUGAUCUCGAGGUUGUUCGACAAACGAGAUACCAGAUUGAAUCUAGAAAUCCAAACGCGUUUGCGAAUAAGAUUGUCGACGACGAUAGCGUGGACGCAAAGCACGCCAAAGGCUGCCAUUGCAAGAAAUCAGCGUGCUUGAAAAAGUACUGCGAAUGCUUCCAAGCAAAUGUGCGAUGCCAAGACUACUGCAAGUGCGAAGGAUGUAAGAACACGACCGAUGGCGCGAAUCCUUCGCAAAACGGCGGCGCCGCGACGGCGACGAAGACAACGAUAACAACAACGACUACAACAACCGCAGUUAGAGAAGACGAGGGUAAAAUACUCACAAACACCAACGAGGCGAAAAAGAAAGUCGAGGGCUUGAAAAAGUCUAUCGUUGGGUCUGUUAGAGACAGUGAUACUAGUUUCAUAUUGAAUUCACCAGCUCGCGAAGCUGCUCGAGCCGCGCAACGCAUGCUCGCCGACGACGUCUUCAUGGACGACAUGUCUUUCGUGAACUACGGACACGGGAACCUCGCUUCACCUUUGCGAACGUUGUUGCACUCGGAAACUGGCUUGUCUCCGAUGUUUCAACGCGUGAAUGACGAUAAAGGUGCUACUGCCACCAACUCUAGACAAUGCAAGAAAGAGAACAACGACGUGAACGCCAACAACAAGAGUAAUAGCGUCGGGAAUAACACCAAAGCGUCUUCGAAAACGAGAGGAGCCGCGGGUCGUUUUUCCUUUUCAAAGACGAACAGCGCUAUGAACACGAGAAGGAAGGCACCAGUGCCUUUAUUCACGGACGACACCAACAACGUCGAGGAGAAGACGCCGGCGAGAACGACUCGAAGCAGAGGCUCGCCUAAGUUGGUAACGCCUUCUGUUUAA